AUGGACGGCGGAGAUAAACCCGAAGGAUCAGGGUUGGUUCAGAUGGAAAGCAGCAGUGAGCCUCGUGCUAGUAGUGGUGGUGAAUGGAAAGAGGGCACUGGAGAUAGAGCGAUGGAGAGGGAAGAAGAGGGAGAGGAUUUUGAGAUGAGUGAUGACGAUGAAAGGGACGGGAACGAUUUGACCGACGAGGGGGAGGAGGGGGAGGAAGGGGAGGUACGCCAGGAAGGGGAAGAGAGAGACAUUAUCGAGUCUGUCUUUAGGGAGAUCCAUGCGUGGAAAGGAGAAAGCAGUGUUCAAAGGGAAGGGCAGGGGGGUGUUGAGGGUCAAAGGACGAGAAAGAGCACGGGGAUUAGCACGGGGAUUAGCAUGGGGAUUGUGAGUAGCAGGCGGAAAGAGGGGGAUGGGGGUGGUUUGAGGGGAUUGGUGGGGGUGCGGAGAGGAGUGAGUGGAGUAACCAAGCCGGGAAUUGGGAGGACGGCCCAUGGGAGACGAAGGCUGGUGGGCGGAUGGAUGGCAGGAGUGCCGGAAAAUACUGAGAGAACAGCGAUUGAAAAGCAGAGCACCAGGAGAGGAAAAAGGGGAAGGAGGCUGGUGGACGGAUGGAUGGCAGGGGUGCCGGAGAAGUCAGAGAGAACAGCGAUUGAGAAGCCAAGGAGUAGAAGGAGGAGGAGGAGGCUGGUGGAUGGGUGGGUGGGCGGGCCGUGGGAGAAAGCCUCAUCGGCGUUUCAGUGGGUAAACGAGGCGGGCAAUAAAGAGGAAAUUCUUGGUGUGGAGGCGGGCAGUAAAGCGGACCCGCAAAGAUACUACCAAUGGCAGUGGCCCGUGGAGAGGCUGGGCGCCAGCUGGCACGGCAUGUUCAUGCGGGGCGAUGCCGGGUACGACAUCAAGUGGCCCGUGGCGAGGCUGGGGUUCAGCUGGUGUGGCGACACCGAGUACGACGACACCGAGUACGACGACACCGAGUACGAUGACACCGCGUACGACGACACCGAGUACGACGACACCGCGUACAACGACACCGCGUACGACACCGCGUACGACGACACCAGAGCACACCCUCUUGAAAAGGCAUCCUCCCUAGGCAUGAGCAGGACACCCGGUCGGCCUCCCCGUCUGGGGCUCGGACGCUGGAGUUUCAGAGCUGAAGCUUCUCAGCACUGUGCAGCGCCAGCAGGAGAAGCAAAAUCACAAGCCCGUUCCUCAAGACCAACGGGAUUUCAUGCUGAAGGAGCGCUGGCUCAUUUGGAUGCCACGGUUUGGGCUGGGGAACUCCCUGAGGGCGUACACCUCGUCGUUCAUCUUUGCUCUGCUGUCGGGACGGAGGCUGCUGCGGUGGCACGGGGGGAACCACAAGCAGGAGAGGGCGGGGAGAGUAUGGAACAAGCAUGUGGCAUGCGAAUGUGGGGGUGGGGUGGUGUGGAGGGGCGUAUAUGGACAUAUGGCAUAAGACCUUAUAAGAAGGUGAGUGGCAAGGCGUGUGGCACCAUUGCGGGGGGUGGGGACCUGCACAAGCAGGAGAGGGCGGGGAGAGUCUUGGACCGUUUGUGCAACGCAUUCUACUGUGGGGUAGACGAGUUGCAAUACAAAGGGGAUAUCAGCAGGCAUGCAAAGCUCAUGGAUGCAAAAAAGCUCGAGAUUCAUGGCUUUGACUACAGCCCAAAUGUUGUGGCUGUUUAUUCAGGCAAAUUCUUUGACAGAUUGUGGCGUGGCGACCCGCAGGUCAACCAGUGCGUGCAUGACGCCUUCUCCUGCCGCUCCCUCUGGUGCAUCCGCUGUGCUCUCUCCUUGCACUCCCUCCUCUUCCCCCUACCCCAUCCAUUCCCACCAGGAGCGUUCUUUGACAGAUUGUGGCGUGGCGACCCCCAGGUCAACCAGUGCGUGCACGACGCCUUCUCCUGCCGCUCCCUCUGGUGCAUCCGCUCCAAAGUGCUCUCUCUGCUCCUCGGCAACGGCCCCAAGCCGGGAAUGCAAGACGUGGUGGACAGAGACCUGAGGGUGGUGCCGCCGCUCGUGCUCCGAGGAGAAGAGGUGGGGAGGAAGGAGGGGGGGGUGACAGAAGGGAAGGUGGAGCCACGGAUGGUUCAGAAAGGGGAGGGAUUAAGGCUGCAGUUUGACGUGGCGCUGCACAUCCGUGGACAUGCCAUGUGA